AUGUAUAUGAAGCAUAUAAAUUCCCAUAUGUGAUUUUAGUUAUCAUUUAAAAUUAUCUUUAUCGAUAAAAAAUAUAUGAUUAGUAUAUAUAAUAUAUACAUUAAGGAAAUACGUGUAUAUAUGCUGUGUGUGCAUAUGAUACGAUGUUAAGAAUUAUUUUUGAUAUAUGAUAUAUAUUUAUUGGAAAUAAACGAGUCAUGUGACGUGUAAUUUUUGAUCCGCGUCAUGUUAUUCUCACGCAAUAUUAUUGUGAUAUUAUUUAUCUCCAAUGAUAUAUUGUAAUUUUGUAAAAUGGAACAAACAUAUUCUGUCACCAGUCUAAUAAAUCGGAAUUAAUUGUUUAUGGUUAAGUUACGUGAUGUUUUUGUUGUAAUUAAUACAUAUGUACAUUUUGUUAAUAUGUACAUAAUUGCUUAGAAGAAAUGUUUAUUUAAUAAAAUUAUGAUUGAAUAAUAACAUUAUACAAAUGUAUUAUAUAAUAUGUUUCAAUUACUCUUAUUACAUACAUUUUUUAAAUAAUAGUGGCACACAUGGAAAAUUUAGAAAAAAUAAAAACUAUUUGGAGAAUUGCGGAUGCAAUAACUUUUGACGUAGAUUCUACUGUUAUCAAAGAUGAAGGUAUAGAUGAACUUGCCAAAUUUUGUGGCAAAGGCAAACAAGUUACUGAAUUAACAAAGCAAGCAAUGCAAGGAAAUAUGACAUUCCAACAAUCUCUUUCAGUAAGAUUAGGUAUUAUAAAACCUAGUUUAUCACAGAUUAAAGAAUUUAUACAAGUACAUCCUCCACAGCUUACUCCGGGAAUAAAAAAUUUGAUAAAAACAUUGCAUUCACAUAAAAAGGAAGUAUUUCUUGUUUCUGGUGGAUUCCAUUGUUUAAUACGUUCAGUUGCAGAACAACUUGAUAUACCACCUGAAAAUAUUUAUGCAAAUAGACUUAAAUUUUAUUUUACAGGAGAUUAUGCAGGCUUUGAUGAAAAUGAACCAACAUCAAAAAGUGGUGGUAAAGCUGAAGUUAUUCGUCUUCUUAAAGAAGAAAAAGGAUUUAAAACUAUUGUCCAUAUUGGAGAUGGUGCAACAGAUUUAGAAGCUUCUCCUCCAGCAGAUGCAUUUAUAGGUUUUGGAGGAAAUGUAAUUAGAGAAAGUGUUAAGUUAAAUUCAAAAUGGUUUGUUACAACUUUUGAUGAACUUAUAAAUAAUUUGUAAUUUUAGAUAGAAUAAUAAUAAUUUGUACAAAUAUAAUGCAAUUAAAUUAUUUUUAUGAAUUAUA